CACAGAGCACAGAUUCCUACACAGACACUCUUGAUAAUACAUAUAUCGAUAGUUAUGUCGUUCCCUUCAAAUUUUAACCCAUCGCAACCCAAUCCGGCCCAAACCAUUCAAAGCCCCACACAUCAAAGCCUCACACUUCAAAUCGACUUCGCAUGGAGCAAAUUCCGUAAUCAGAUUAGCGAAAAGAACGGCGAUCAUCUCACACCGCUAUACAUUCAGCAUUUCCGCCCCACCCAUCCACAGCUAAGAUUUGAGUCUGCAACCGAUAGCUCCCCUAUUGCCUCUGGAACCAUCCACAGCGUCUCUAUCAGCGCAGACUGCAAGAUCCGCGGCCAUAAAAUCGAACUCAAGCCGCUCAAGCGAUGGAAAACACACUACAACUACCUUUCUAAAGCACUAUCUUCUGGCUCAGGUCGUGUAGCCAUCACAUGGAUCACAGAUAGCACACACAAGACAUGGAACUUUAUUUGUCUAGACGCGAAUCAAUUGCCUAUCGCCAAGUUUGCUGUCAAUAUCUGGGCGUUGAAACAGGUUGGCAAUUUUUAUUUCGAAAAGUCGAAGGAAGAUAUCAGCGAGGAGGUACGGGAUGAGGUUGUGUUUAUAGGGCUUACGCUAUUUUAUCUUAUGGCGGUAAGGAUGAACAGUCCACUGCAUCUGCUUGGUGCUGCUUUUGCAAAGCCGGGGAAGGUUGAAGGACCUGAUGAGACAACAGAGCACGCAUAUGAAAUGGGUAAGGUGAAAAAUGUGUAAGAAAAGGUGGUGGGUCAGGAAUUAUUUGACAGUGGGAAGUGGACUUAGAUUUGUGGGCGAGCCACUCGAGAUAGUGUUGUUUAUAGUGUUCAGGUUGCUUGCGCGUCGCGAUAUUUUAAGCGUAAAAUUUAUUUGAUCAUGAGCUUCGUCGAGUCAAUAUACCCCUA